AUGGCAUCCGAGGCAACAACGUCAAAUAUUGCACGAUGGUGUUGGAAUUCAAAUAAUGAUCCCCAGUCAACGACUACAGGAGAAUCCGAUUGGAAAUCAUAUUCAGAUGUUCAAUCAUUAAUGAUUGAAAAUGCAUAUCAGAAAAAACAAAAUCAGGUAAUAAUCGGUGAUUAUAUAAUCGAUUUGAAAAAUUUUCAACAAAUUUAUUGUAACGAUAAACACAAACAGCGACCAAUAAAACGUACAAUAAUUGAUGAUUAUCAAGCAAUUGUUACUCUUAGAGAAGAAAGAUUCUUUUUUCCAGCUACGCCAGUAAAACCAUUUAAUGAAAAUAAUUAUGAUGGAUCAGAUUUUAUUGAUCAAUGGCGUUUUUCAUUUAAUAAACCGGAUGCAGCUAGUAUAUUUGAGGCGGCAGCAACAGGUAUUGUAGAAGAGGGGAAAAUACUAGAUCAGGUGGUUGACGCAGAAGGAAUGGCAGCAGAAUUGAGAAGAACAAGGUACGCCCCUGGAGAACGUUUAGAUGAUUUUAUGUGGAGGUGUAAUCCAUCGUUUUUAAAAGUAUAUACUUUAGAAAGUUUUCUUUAUAAAUCAAUGAAUAGAGCAUUAAGAGAACAGGAUAUGACAAAAGUUAAAACAUUAGGACCAUUUUGUUUUAUUCUGAACUUUUAUAUUCAACAUGGUAGUCAUCAGUAUAACAGCAGAUAUUUUCGUGGUGUUGUUUAUCGAGGAUCAAAUCAAACGUUAGACGAAAUUGAAUUAUAUAAAACAGAAGUUGGUUCAUAUCGUAAAUGGUUAGGAUUUACAUCAACAAGUCGUAAUCGUGAAAAAGCUGAACAAUUUGGUAAUACAUUGUUUAUAAUUGAUAUGCAAAAUAAUUAUUAUAUUAAAUAUCGUACUGGUAUGGAUAUAUCAAAGUAUUCACAUUAUCUAUUUGAAGAAGAAGUUCUUUUACCAGCUGGUAUACCAUUUAAGAUUGAAAAUGUUGAAUAUUGUAAUGAAAAACAAAAAUAUUUUAUUUAUUUAAAUAUUUCAAAAUGA